AUGGAGCGCACGGUCGCGUCGGUGCGCAUCAGGGUGCCGCGGGGGAUCCGACUGGAGCUCCCUCGCUGCACGCGAGCGGAGGCCCUGGCCCUGAGGCCGACCCACUUUGUCCACCUUGAGUUGCCAGAUCCGGCUGCUGUUUUCCGCAGGCUGGCAGAGCUGAGCCUCGCCAUGGUGUUGCUGCCCGCCGGCACGCUGCCCUUCCACGAGUUCCUGUCGUCGUGCUGCCCGCGGCUGAGGAGGCUGCGCCUUUGCUGCGUGAGAGGGGACGCCAUGCGCCGGCUGGUCCUCCACUCGGACGCCCUCGAGGUGCUCGACCUGAACAACCUCGACGACCUGGAGAGGGUGGACGUGGUGGCCGCCAACCUCCGGUCGCUGAGCGUACGCUCCUGCUUCCGGUUUCCCUUACCGAGCGGCCGUGAGGGUGACGACGACAAUGGCGAGACCGAGAUGGUAUUCUCAGCGCCGAGGAUGGAGGCCGUCCUCUGGUACCGCAGCUACCCGAAGCGGCUCAGCUUCCUCACCGACAUGGCGAACGUUCGCCGGCUCUCCGGCCUCAAGCUCCCAGCGCUCGGGCGGCGCGACCAGUUCGACUUCCUUUACACCGUGCAUCUCCUGCAGGCUUGCUCCGUCGCCGAACAUCUCAGUCUGGACCCGGAGAUGCCGGACGAGAUGUCUCUCCUCAACUGGCUAGGUCCGGAUCAGGUAAACAAUGAUCUAGUUAGUCGAUUAAGUACCAUAGAGCAGAAGAGGACAACAACCCCUAAGAAACAAGAAGCACAGAGGAUGCUCACACUAGAGGGCGCCCCGGCAAAAGAUGGGGUGGAUGCAAGCAGGAGGCCAGAUAGGAGGCUAAGCCAGCACCCGUUGUCCUCCUCCGACAGCAGCGAAAGUGAGAGCCCGUAUCACAGCCUAAGCCUAUUCCGUGAGAGCGGGAGAGCCGACGUCAGGAAAGUAGCCCCAACUACAAUCCCGCCAAAGAGGUAUUGA